AUGGCUUUCGACGCAACCGCCGAAGCUCCUGACAUAGCCAAGGCACAGGUUAAAGGCCUCGGGGAUCCGACUCCGCCAUUGGAGAAGAAACAAGACGAGGUCGCAUUUCCCGAGCCCCUUUCGGACGACGACUCGGGAUAUGUACUCCCCACGGAAGAAGAGAUCGAGACGUUGAGGCGCGUUCCUGGACGUAUCCCGUGGAUCGCCUUCACCGUCACCUUCGUGGAACUUUGCGAACGAUUUGCGUACUACGGAACGACUGCAGUGUUGGUCAACUUCGUUCAGCGACCACUACCCGAAGGAUCUACUACUGGAAACGACCCCCGCGAUGAUGGACGACCUGGUGCGCUUAACUAUGGCCAGCGUGCUUCCACUGGUCUCGUGUUGUUCAAUCGAUUCUGGUCCUACUUUACGCCGCUCUUUGGAGGAUAUAUUGCCGACUCUAAAUGGGGAAAGAUCAAGACCAUCCAGAUGUCAAUUGCGUGUGCUAUGUUCGGACAUGUCAUUAUCAUUAUCUCCGCUAUUCCUCAAGUGAUCAAGAACCCCACAGGUGCCAUGGGCUGCCUGGCUGUGGGUCUCGUCUUCUUCGGUACUGGUGUGGGAGGAUUCAAACCCAAUGUCUCUCCCCUCAUGGUUGACCAGCUGAAAUCCAAGCCGAUGCACAUCAAAACCUUGGCAACCGGCGAGCGAGUCAUUGUCGAUCCCGCUGUCACCACCCAGCGAAUCUUCAUGUACUUCUAUAUGUUCAUCAAUGUCGGCUCCAUCACCGGGCAGGUUAGUAUGGUCUACGCGGAACGUUAUGUCGGUUUCUGGCUGUCGUACUUGCUGCCCACCAUCAUGUUCGCACUCUGCCCCAUCGUUCUGGCCGUCUUCAACAACCGCUAUGUCAACAAGCCGCCGACUGGUUCUGUGUUGGGCAAGUCGGCCCGGCUGAUGAAGUACGCAAUGAGGGGCAAGGUGUCGCCUAACCCAGUCACGACCGCAAGGAACUUCAAUUCGGGCACCUUCUGGGAAGAUGUGAAGCCUUCCCGUGUCGUGAACAAGCCGAAGUGGAUGACCUUUGACGACGCCUGGGUCGAUGAAGUAGCUCGUGGAGUCAAGGCCUGCGGUGUCUUCAUCUUCUACCCCCUCUUCUGGCUCGCGUACAACCAAAUCGACGGCAACUUGGUAUCGCAGGCGGCAACCAUGUCUCUGCACGGUGCCCCGAACGACUUGAUCAACAACAUGAACCCGCUUGGAAUCAUCAUCAUGAUCCCGAUCCUCGAUCAGCUCAUAUAUCCGGCCCUUCGGAAAAUGAAGAUUCGGUUCACCCCGCUGCGCCGCAUGUGCGCAGGCUUCUUUGUUGCAUGCUCCGCUAUGAUCUGGGCCGCGGUCGUGCAACAUUACAUCUAUAAGACCGGAGCGUGCGGGAAAUAUAUGAACACGUGCGAUGAACCGGCCGCGCCAAUCAACGUGUGGUCCCAAACCGGAGCGUACGUCCUGGUCGGUCUCGCCGAAAUCUUUGCCUCCAUCACCGGUCUCGAAUACGCUUACACCAAAGCCCCCGCCAACAUGAAAGGCAUGGUCUUCGGCUUCUACCACUUCAGCCAGGCCGUCUCCUCCGCCAUCGGCCAGGCCUUCACCGCGCUGUCCGAGGACCCGCUGCUGGAGUGGAACUAUGGCUCCGUGGCAAUCAUCGCGUUCUGCGGUGGUGUUGCCUUUUGGUGGUUCUUCCACAAGCUCGACGCCGAGGAGGAGGCCCUCAACCUGCUGCCCGAGUCGACCUACCAGGGCAAAAACCUGGGCGCCAAGGAUAAGUUGGGGGACGAGGAGGCACGUGACCAGGAGAAUUUCGAGCAGGCGCGUAACCAGGGAGAUUUCGAGAAGGCGGAGCUGGGGGGUGGUGAGGUGAGGGAGCUGGGGGGUGGUGAGGUGAGGGAGCUGGCGGGUGGUGAGGUGACGGAGAUUAACGAGCUGCCGGCGAAGCGGGCUGCGUGA